CUGCCCAUUCGUGCGAUUGGUUGCCAAGUGCCUGUGUGUCAGGCCGCCCGCAACUGCCCCGGAAGAAGGAAGCGGCGCCCGGAGAGGACUGCAGCACAGGAGGCAGCGGCUCCCCCGGUGACCCCAUAAGAGAGUGCCCGCUGUACCGUGUGCGGGCGGAAGGCGCUGGGGCACAGAAGACGCCUGGGCGAGACGAGUCAGCUGGUGUCACAGCGCUCGGGUGUGUCGGGCACCGGGUGUCAGGAUGUUGCCGCUGUCUAUUAAGGAUGAUGAGUACAAGCCGCCGAAAUUCAACCUCCCGUGGAAAGUGUCCGGCUGGAUCAGGUCAAUCUUCUCGGACUCCACUUCUAGGAACCUCUUCGGCUUCCUCUGCUUGAAUCUCUCCUUUGCGUUCGUGGAGCUUUUUUACGGGAUAUGGAGCAACAGCUUGGGCUUGAUCUCCGAUUCCUUCCACAUGUUUUUUGAUUGCACAGCAUUGUUAGCCGGCCUAGCAGCUUCUGUAAUUUCCCGGUGGAAGACAAAUGAAGCGUUCUCAUAUGGGUUUGUGCGGGCAGAAGUCCUGGCGGGUUUCGUGAAUGGUCUCUUCCUGAUCUUCACAGCUUUUUUCAUCUUCUCAGAAGGCGUGGAGCGGGCACUGGACACGCCUGAGGUCCACCAUGAAAGGCUACUUCCAGUUUCUAUCCUGGGAUUCCUUGUAAACCUCGUUGGAAUAUUUGUGUUCCAGCAUGGUGGAAAUCAUGGACACUCACAUGAUGACGGUCAUGGGCAUAGCCAUUCUUUAUUUAAUGGUUCCUUGAGCCAUGGGCACAGUCCUAGUGGAGGUCACGGACACAGUCAUGGAGGAGGUCAUGGGCACAGUCACGGAGAAGAUCAUGGACACAGCCAUGGAGGGAAUCACAGCCAUAAACAUGGUUUUGGUUCCUCUUGUCCAGAUGAACCACCUGAGGAGCAUAGAGGAUCUAGCAAACAGAUUUUAGAAGGGGUAUUUUUGCACAUUGUUGCGGACACGCUGGGGAGCGUUGGUGUGAUUAUCUCCACUAUCCUGAUGCAGCGGUAUGGAUGGAUGAUUGCAGAUCCAAUCUGCUCAAUGCUUAUCGCUUUACUUAUCUUUGUCAGUGUUAUUCCGUUACUCAAGCAGUCUAUCGGUAUCCUGAUGCAGAGAACUCCCCCAGUUUUGGACAAUUUACUUCCAGAAUGUUACCAGCGGGUGCAGCAGCUGCAGGGGGUUUAUCAUCUCCAUGAGCCACAUUUCUGGACUCUCUGUACUGAUGUUUAUGUUGGGACCCUGAAACUGGUGGUAGGACCUGAGGCGGAUGCUCGCUGGAUUCUCAGUCAGACUCAUAAUAUUUUCACCCAGGCUGGCGUCAGGCAGUUGUAUGUACAGAUAGACACUGCAGCCAUGUAAACCUUCAUCUGACCUCCUCCUCCGGACCAAAGCACCAACGUUAACACUAGGACCUGAGCUCAUGCUCUGAAAAAGCCACUGCAGGGAUGCACCCAUUGGGACCAAGUAUCUCCACAUGAUGACCAUGUUUGGAGAGGGGUCUCCCAUUAGUGCCACAUUUCUUCAAAUACAAGUCUACUUUUUUUAUACAGAAUACGGACCGCAUGUCAGACGUUGCCUUCUUCUCGCAUCUUGUCGGGUCGCUGUCCACGGGAUACCUGUUGCCUUGUUUGGGCUUAUAUUUAAAUGUAAUACCAUCCUAAAUACAAUCAUUCUCCCAGUCGUACCAUCUAGUGUAUAAGCACCUUAGGCAUAUGGACUCUGGAUUUACUUGUACUGUGAAGUCACAUUGGGACCUUCCACAUCUAGAAACCGAGGGCAGCACUAGAA